AUGGUGAUGAGAUCUGAGAGUGGUUUUGACGAGGAUGUUUAUAGGAAGGUGUUGGUUCCGAACGCUUCUAGGAACACUUCCUACGUGCAGCUCGUGAACAACUCCGCAGACUUGAAGGCUUUGUGUAAAAAAUAUGUCCCCUUCUGGUCAGAUUUGGACGACGGGGAGAUUGAAAUAAGUUUAAUCACCAUAGCGUUGACGAAUAAAGUUUACAUGGUCCGGGUCCAGGACCCGGACCCCGCGUCAAGACGGCUGGACAAGGUCCUCCUGCGUGUCAUCGGCGAGGACAAGCGAGUGUUAUACAACAUUGAGCAUCAGAAUGAAGUGUUUAAACUCCUGAGUGAGUACGGGUUUUGUCCGAAAAUGAUUAACCAAUUCCCGGGCGGGAGAAUUGAAACUUGGAUCGAGGGCUUUGUCCUACACUCGCCAAAUUUAUUUAAUUUAUCUGUUCUCACCUCUGUGGCCACGCUUUUAGCAAAGUUACAUAAAAUCAUUACGAAAGUUGCGCCCAAGGAGUGGGACAGGACACCCUCACUACUCAGCAAAACCGAGGAGUGGAUACCCAAAUGCCAUGAAAUUAACAGGAAACUUAAUCUAAAAAUUGAUAUCCACGAGAUGGACCAACUCUUCAACGAAUAUAAACUUUUUCUCAACAAUUAUUUAGUACAACAUAAUAACAGUGGGAAUAAUAAUUUGGAGGUGAGAAAUUGUGAAAAUUCGGAAAAAUUACGAGAAAAAAAAAUAAAUGCAAAAGUUGAUCGGGCUAGCCAAAAUAAAUUUUCCACCCACAAUUGCUGCUAUCACACCAACGGUACUACUCACACUGUUAACACUGUUAAUACUGUUAAUAGUAAUAAUAGUAAUAAUACUGUGGAUAGUAAUAAUAGUAAUGAUACGGUGGAUAGUGUGGGUGGUGUGGACGAGGAGUUGUGUGAGGGUGUGAGGUAUGGAAUGAGGGUGGUGUUUUGUCAUAAUGAUAUGCAUAUAAAGAAUUUUAUCGCAACGUAUGAUGGGUUAACGUUGAUAGACUUUGACUACAGUUCGUUCAACUAUGUUGGAGCUGACAUUGGUUACUUUUUCGUUGAAAGUAACUUUGACUACGACGUUGACGAGUAUCCUUUUUUCCGUAUUGACCGGUCACUUGAACUUUCCUACGAGUUAAAGACCAUGUUCGCCAGUGUAUACUUAUCGGAGUCACUGGGCUGCAAUGUGCUACCCAGUAGAAAAGAUAUCAUCGAUCCCUUUUUAGAAUCCGUUGAAUUGUUCUCAAUAGGCACUCUCAUAUUCUGGGCAUACUGGGGGAUACUAAUGAAAUCGAUGAGUGGAACGAAUGAUAAAUUUGACUACAUCGAGUACACUAGACUAAAAAUCGAACUCUUUAAAGAAAAAUUCAAUGAAUUUAAAAAACACAACACUUAAUAUACAUUUUACACACUA